AUGGCGCACUAUCUACAGCCCGCUAACCUCGAGGCGGCCCUCCCACUGCUCAACAGGCCAGAUCUUCGCCUACGUCAGCAACUUGGUGAGCAGCUCACAGCGCUUGUGCGCCGCGAGCCAGAGCUCACACAUGACAUCGCGGCACAGUUGCUGGAUUCACUCAUCGCCUGGCUUAAUGGGGGGAAUUUUAAGGUGGCACAAAAUGCUCUGGAGGUGCUGACGGCGGUUUCUGAACGCAUGGGUAGUGAGUUCUCACACUUCGUGCCGACAGUACUACCGCAUAUAAUAGACAGGUUGGCCGACACAAAAGAAGCGGUGAGGCACACGGCUCGCACAUGCGUGGUGUCCCUCGCAUCCAGUCGAGCGGUCGGCGCCCGGGCGCUGCUGGCGCGCCUCACGCCCGCACUCAACCACAAGGCGCCCCACGCCAGGGAGGAGACGCUGCGGUGUAUACAAGCGCUGCUAGACAACCACGGUGCGACGGAGCUGCAACUCAGAGCGGCGGUGCCCAACUUGGCGGCGCUGGUGGGAGACCCCAGCAGCGCGGUACGGGACGCGGCUAUGCAACUGUUGGUCGACGUCUAUAGACAUGUUGGUGAAAGAUUAAGGCAAGAUUUAAAGAAGAAGGAACUGUUACCAGCACAGAAGUUCGCCUUGUUGGAGCAGAAGUUCGACGAGGCCCGAGAUUCGGGAUUAUUGUUACCUACAGCGACACAACCAGUAGACGAACCAGACUUUGUAUCCCGGACUAUCAAGAGGACAAUGACGAUACCCACGUCAGCGCGGAGCAGAGAUGGAGACAGCUCCGGAGCAUCCACACCCGCAUGUGAUAUGCCAAAGAGGACUGUAGCUGGAUUAUAUAGUCUACCAUCAGCUAGUCGGAAACCGCCACCACCAGUGAAACUUACAAGUGCUGCAAGCGUGUCGAGCGGCAUCGCGCAGGCGUCGGGCGAGGCGGGCGCGGUGUCGUGCGAGGCGUUCGAGGCGGCCUUCGCCAGUUCAGCGCCGGCCGCCGUGUACGGCGCGCGCGGGCUCGACGACCUGUGCCGCCACGCCGCCGCGCUGCUCGGCGACCGCGCCGCCGACUGGGAGAAGCGCGUCGACGCCCUGAAAAAGAUUCGCUCUCUACUGACGGCGAACGCCCACCAACAUUACCCAACAGAGUUCUAUGCUCAUCUCAAGGAUUUGUCCGUGCCUUUUCUGGUAGUCAUUAAGGAUCUGAGGAGUCAGGUGGUUCGAGAAGCCUGUAUCACGAUAGCUCACAUGGCCAAGGUGCUCAAAAACAAAUUGGACCAGUUCAGUCUGUAUAUUCUACAAGAACUCAUCAAUCUCAUACAAAACGCAGCCAAGGUGGUGUCGUCAGCAGGCACAGUAUGUGUUCGCUACAUAGUUGGCUAUGUUCACUCUCCAAGAUUAAUACCAGUGAUAGUCACCAACAUGACCAGCCACAAGUCCAAAGAGAUACGCUCCACGCUCAGUGAGGUCCUAGUCCUCCUAAUAGAGAAGUGGGCGGCGCAAACUAUUGAGAAACAGCAGCAGUCCAUCAGAGACGCCAUCAGAAGAGCCUGCAUGGACGCUGACAGCACCGCCAGAAAUUAUGGAAGAAGAGCUUACUGUGCAUAUACACGCCAAUUCCCAGAAGACGCAGAGCAGUUAUUCGCCCGCCUCGACAUUGCCGCGCAGAAGCAGAUAGAAAGAGAGAAGAAUAUCGGCUCCGUAGACAGUUUACAUCAUAUUGGAACAGAAAGAAGAGCCAUCACAAGCCCUAGAAGUCCAUCGGCCAGCGUUUCAGACCGUACACCGUCGAGCGUGACGGCGCGUUCCGUGUCCGCGCUCGACGCCAACGCGGCGCAGCGGGCGCGUGCGCGGGCGCUCUACUCGCAGAUGAACCGCGCCAAGAUACCGCCCACCGCCAGCCUACCUCGGGCGAAACGAUCGCCUUCAAACGCAGGGAGCGGUGUACCGCCCAGUCCUGAACGUGUUGUGGGACGCUCCCGAACUAGUAGGCCUGGCGUUUCACAGUCACAACCCACGUCCCGUUCUUCAUCGCCAUCAUCCCGCAGCUCCGGCCCUAUGUCUUUGGCGAGCGCUCGGAGACGACCUUCUGGAAUUCCUCGCUCUCUAGCCGGCUCUAGAGAAACUAGUCCUACCAGAACUGGUCGAUCAAGCAGUGUGGUCGGUUCUGCAGUUCGCCGGAGGGAGUCGAUAGAAAGGACCGCCCCCUCCCGCACUCCCUCUGCAACGUUACGGUUGCUGCAGCAGACUAGAGACGCUGAGGGAGUACUCAGGAGUCCAGAAGACAGUUCAACCUGCGACGAUAGACGUAGAGACGACGAUUCAGAAGCUUCCAGCGUAUGUUCAGAACGAAGCCUGGACUCUUACAGAAGACAUGAUAGUGUAUCUUGGUCCGGUUCAGCAUCACGUCUGGGUUGGGAGUGCGGGUCGCCUCCCCCACCGCCUCCGCCGGACGAUAUCAUUGCGCUGUGUGCGUGUACGCACUGGACUGAACGGAAAGAUGGCCUCACGCACUUGGCCAACUACCUAAACAGUGGUCGUCUGCUAACCGACGAUCAACUCCGCCGCCUGACCGAGCUGCUCAACAAGAUGUUCGUGGAUGCCCACACCAAGGUGUUCUCCCUAUUGCUGGAUGCUGUCUGCGAACUGCUGCUCGUGCACUGGCAGCAGCUCAAGGACUGGCUCUAUCAGCUGAUGUUCAGAUUGCUGAUGAAACUAGGAACUGACAUAUUGGGUUCGGUGCAGAGCAAAAUAAUGAAGACACUGGAUGUUAUACAUGAAUGCUUCCCUGCCGAGUUACAGCUGCAUAAUAUAUUCAGGUUCCUAGCAGACGGUGCGACGGCGCCUACACUAAAAACGAAAGCGGCUGCCCUGAGGUUCUUAGCAGACCUAGCUCAUGAUUACUGUACUCCUAAUAGUUUAGCUGUUGCACUCCAAGGAGGAGCGGCGGGAGUGGCGGGUCGCGCGCUGGUGAAGGUGUCGGCGCAGGCGGCCGACCCGCGCGCGCACGACCUGCGCCUCGCCGCACGCCGCGCGCUCGCCGCGCUCUACGACUGCAACCCUGUGCCCUUCACGACGCUUAUGAGCGAGCUCCCGCCAGAAACACAAGCUCUAGUCAACGGAGUUGUUCAACAGCACGUCAGAAGAACAUCUAGCACAGGCAGCGACAGCCCGCUCCGCACGGUGAGCGGCGCGUCCAACUCCGCGGCGGAGGACGUGUACUCGCGCAUCAGGAAAACCACCUCCGAGAUACACACCUACACCGCGCAGCAUUCUAACGCGGACUGCGGUAACCACAUGUCAAGCAAAGACUCGGGGAUAAGCCAGAUGUCUGACGUCACAUUAUCCAACAAAGCACAGAACGGAGUACCCAAUGGACAUUAUAAUGCAGAUGUGCUGGGCCGCGCGGCGUCAGCCGACAGCUCCGAGGAGGCCAGCAGCACCAAAGAGUCAUCACCCGUCCCUGCUCAUCACAGGAUGGACUUCGGGCAACAACAUGGGGAGUACAAUUCUAACAACUUGGGCCGAGAUAAGUUAAGACCGUACGAGACAGACGAAGAUGGGUUCAUCAUCACUAAAUCUGGUCUCCGCGAGCUGGACGUGCUGGAGGCGCUGUGCAAGCUGGACGUGUCGCAGGCCCCGCCCGAGCAGUGGGAGCGGCUGCUGCUCGCCACGCACGAGAUACUCAAGUACGGGGACUGCAGGAAACCUGCUGAAUACUUCAAAAAUAUUGUACGUGUCGCGCUAGCAGCGCUGUCAAUGGAAGAGAAUAGCGGUGACAAGGAGAAUACAGAGAAUGCUACCAAUGCACAACAGACUUCAGGUUGGGGUACAGCCAAUGAACGAGCUGCAGCGGAAGCUGUGAAAGUCUUAAUCUGGUUGUGCCGGAGGCCGGAGACGAGGCCUCAGUGGCAGGACUACUUCGACCUGAUCCUGCUGAAACUCAUCCACGCGUACGAGAGUCUAAACAAGGAACUCAUCCGAGCUGUAGAGGCUGGGAUGCCACAUAUUGCUCAUGCUCUACCUGCACACCAGGUGCUGGCGCUGUUGAAGCCAGUGAUCCGGACUCGCGGCUACCCCACGUCGCUGUGCGCGUUGAAGCUGGCUGCGGAGGUGGCCAAGGCCAGGCCUCACGAGCUCAGCGAUGACAUCGUCGGCCAUCUCAUGGAGGGGGUCGGACAGUUGGCUGAUCACCAAAAUAGUGCGGUUCGCAAAGCGGCCGUGUUUUGUAUGGUGGCGUUUACUUUCGCGCUCGGAGAGGAACGGAUGCAGCCUCAUCUCAAGCAUUUAUCUGUUAGCAAGUACAGGCUUCUGCAGGUGUACAUAAGCAAGCAGCGCGAGGAGGGCGGCGGGGCCCGCGGUGGCGGGGCGGCGGGGGGCGGCACGUAG